GGACCCCUGCCCUAAGUAUGAUGCAGCCUGAAUUCUAUAUAAAGACAAAACAGUUCCCCAUCAUGCUCUGCAGUGGGAAAAUCAACAUGGAACAAGGGAGAGAGCUGAUAGGACAAACAGCUGUGAGCAGAUAAGCGGCUACUGUAGCCUUUGUACUGCUGAUAGCCAAUCCAUAUAUCACUCUCACUGUCAGUUGCAGUGAAUGGAGCCUGCACACCUGAAUCAGAUCAUGCAAAACCUCAUUUGCCCAAAAUUGUAUAGCAGAACCCACUCGUUCACUUUGUAGGACUUCCUAAAUCUUGACUUUUUCUCACAUAAAGUUCCAUGGACAACAACACACCUGGGUCUGAACGCUCAUCGUUGCUGGGCCAUGCUUCAUUGAGCACCUUAGCAGCAGCACCCUAAUACUCCCACGUGUAAACCCUCCCCGAUCCCUUGUCUGACAGUAAUAACACACACAGCAGUCACACAGGCUGGGACAGGCAGCAGGGAGUGGUUAGGAUCAUUGUUGCCUUUCUAGAGGGUGUGGGAGAGAUUGUGUCACUGUUUGUGUGUGAGUGUGUGUGAGCGUGUGUGCCAGGGUCGGGCACAACUGCUGGGUGUGCACUGCAAUGCGGUCACACAGGAAUAUCUGAGGAGAGGACAGCAGAAACUGAAAUAUACAAGUCGGGCAGGAGAGAGAGGGGGGAAAAGUGUUGGAUAAUCAGUGAAAAAGAAGAAGAGAGACUCAUUUCCUACUGCCCUGGAUUUAUCCAUGACGUUCCUCUGCCUAAGGAUCUGUAUCUGUCUCUUAAAACCUGGAGCCGAACCUUAGAAGGUUAUUAUUGUCUUCUAGGAGUUGGAGGUGACACCCAUCUUUGUUUACUGGUGCCUCUGAGCCUGCACCUGUGUAUUACUUUCUGCCUCUGUAUCUGGAAGCCUGGACACUACACCUGUAUAGCAGAAGGAACCUCUGAACCUUCCUAUGAUUUCAGAGCGUGCGAUUAUCUUUCAGUCUGGACCUGUCCAUCAGAAGCUUCAGCUGAGUCUCCUCGCCUGAUCCUACCAUCCAGGUUCCAGAUCCUGGACUUCACUUCUACACCUUUAUCCAUCCUAUUUCACCUGCCUGUAUCGCAGAGCUUGCACCUGCUUUGGGAGCCUUCACCCAACUUUAAGUACUUGCCCAUAAAGGUCGCAGGAUCUGCAUCUAACAGAGAUUUGGCCGUGUUUUUGAUGAUGUAUUCAUUGAUCAGGACUUCUCAUCUGCCCAUGGACCGGUAGAAACUUUAUCUCAUUUUUAGCACUCACCAUGUACUUUUAGGACUUUUUAAGGACUUCCAUUGUCAUUUUAGUCGGUGCUCAAACCUCAAGCCCACUGUCCUUGCCAUUUGGUACAUCGUGCCCAAUCCUAGGAACUUGUUGUUUUUGCCUCAAGCUUUAACAUCUGACUCUCAGGAUCAGACUCUGCCUCUGUAAUUAAUAUCAGUCACAGAGAAACUGAAUCUGUGCCCCUGGGCCUAGAUUUGAUGUUGAGGACCAAGUGUUCAAUGACAUCAACAACCUGCAACAUAUAGAUCUCAUCUCUAUUUUCCCAACUCUCUUCUCCUGUGUCUCCUUCCAUUUUGUUUGGAUGUAAAGACUUUGGUGUUUUUGCUCCUCUUGCAUAAAAUACUGUCCCUCCUCAGAGACAGAAAGUCUGUCCGUGACAGUUGUCUUUGAGAACCUGUUUUACCUCUAGGGAUCUGCAACCAUCAGUUAUGGGAAACAGCAAUGCAAAGAAUGCCUCAGAUAUCGGAACAGACCCACCUAUGGAUCCGAUGUCAACAGCCCUUUACCAGCCCCAUCUCUCUCCAGUAACCUCUCCAACACGUGACUCUUUCUAUACACCGCCAGUAAGCCCUGAAUAUGGACCCAGCCCAGUUGAGACUGGGGCAUAUGGCAUUAAGUUUGAUUAUUUCCAUAAGGGCCUGAACUCCAUUUUAAAGCCUCACAGUUACGAAAAGGGGUUGGACAUACCUUUUGAUCGAGCCAUAAAGAGGAUUCAACAGGCACUGGAAACCCUGGGGCAAAUGCAAAGACAAUUAGGAGAACUUCUGAACUGCAAAACCAAUAUUGAAGUGCCCCGCAUACUGGAUUCUGCCCAUGGAUGGGAAGCUAGAAUAGGAGAUGUUUGGAGAGACUUGAGAGCAGGACUUCGAGAUCUUGCCAAUCUUAAGGAGCAGUACAUGGCUACCAGUAAAGGUGAAGCUUCCCGGACAGAUCUUGGGAAGGAACAUGUAACAGACAACCACAGAGACAAUCAGAUAGAAAGUGAGCGUCGGGAAUGGAAACGUGAAGAACAGAGGCUGAGGGCUGAGCUGCAAGAGCGCAGUAAACUGCUGCAAGAAUUCUCCAACAAGCUGAAGGUUCUGGAAUCCAAACAGGAGGAUGAGAAUGGAGACAAAAAGAGGCUGCAAGAUCACAUUUCGCUUCUGGAGAAAGAAAAAGAAAAGAUGGGAAGAAAAGUCACAGAACUGCAGGGAUCAGUAGAGGAACUGACUUUACUUCAGUCAGAUCUUCGGACAGCGGUAUCUGUAGCCGAGCGAUUUCGAGAGGAAGCCCAGCAGAAACUUGAGAAAGCCGAGAAGGAGAACCAGAGACUGCACAGUCAAGAAGCUCAGGAGGAGGAUUUUAAGGCACCCCCUACUGUGAAUGGCUCUUCCCUUGGAUACAGGAGUCUCCCACGUGGCGUCACCUUGAAUUCCACAGGGGAGACAGCUUUAAAGACCAGAAGUGUUUCACCAUCCAAUGGCCAGGAAACAGACUCUGAAAUGUGGCACAAAGAGAAAAGAAGAGGCAGCUUGGAGACCCUCCAGUAUCAGCCCAGACCCAUUGAAAACCUGACCAGUGAUUCUGUCUCUUUUUUGCGCCGAUAUGGAGGAUCCAAGAGGGGAGUGUUUCUGCGCUGGGCCCAGGAGAGAACUUGCGGUUACAAAUACGUGGUGAUUACAAAUUUCAGCAGCUCCUGGGUGGAUGGCAUGGCCUUCUGUGCAUUGCUGCAUUCCUACCUCCCGGACAGCAUUCCAUACUCAGAGCUCCGGCCCUUGGAAAAGAGAAAGAACUUAGAGUUGGCAUUUGAGGUGGCAGAGGAUCAGGACAUCCCACCCCUCCUGACCUCUGAUCACAUGCUCCAGCGCCAGGGUCCUGAUUGGCAGAAAGUUCUUCUUUAUGUUGAAUUCAUUUACCAGAAAUUUGAAGCCUGAAUGGAUAAAUCUGUGGAACCUUGUGCUGUGAUUUGUAAAGUUCACCAGAAAAAAUGUGGCUGAGAUUGUACACUUCAUACUGUAGCUUGGGAUCUAGUCCUGUAUCUUCUGAGCUCCAAUAUCCUUGCCAUCUCUGCAGAAUACUUUAAUGCCAAUGACAGUUCAUAACAAUUCCUCAUGGGAUGUCUUCUCUUGUGCCCCUCAACUCAUGCACAACCAUGUCUGGAAUUUAAAGUCAUGGACCUGUGAUUCUGCCAUGGAGGGAUCGGAGCUCCCAGUGUAUCUUGGAAUAUAUUGAGCUGAUGUCUCACCUUGGAAUCUGUUACUCUACUUCUGGGAUUUUCUCGCCUCCUGACCAUUCUAGGGAUCCUAAACAGCUAAAGGAACAAAGUGGGGUUCUGCCCUUGACUGUUUGCUUGCCUUGGGUUCCUAUCAUGCCUUAUUGCUCAUAUAACAUUGCCUGUGAUACUAACAUGGGGAUUGCUAUGAUGCCAAUUCUUGUUCUGGACCCCCUACCUGUGAUAAUGUAAGCUCAGGACUCAGCUUGGUAUCUGGUGGAUUUGCUGAGCUCCUCAUAAUGAGAUCUUGUUAUAUAUUGACCUGGAAGCUGUAAAUUAACUACAGAUUUGUGGAUUUGAAUGUUGUAGAAGCCCCUCACCCUUCUUGACUCUGAAACCAUGGGGUGUUCACCAUUGACUUGUGAGCUUUACAUUACUCCUUUGGACAUACAUCUUUGGAAUCCUGCCAUUAUUCCUCGGAACUCCUACAUUUCUUGGAUCCUUCUUCAUAUUCCAUGCUGAGAUCCACUAUUGGGAUUAAAAACUCUAUGGACCCUUCUACAUCCCACUUGUUUCCUAUUAUGUGAUCUCUUUUGUUGACUCUCUUCUGUUGCAUUCCAAUACUGCCAGACAGUGACUAGCUGUAUUCAUACAGUUCCUGGGCCACCCCUACGUGUCUGCAGAGGCCAAUGUGAGCUGUGUCUGUUAUUGGCUAACUAUAGUAUGAAUAUGAUUGGCUGAAACUCUGAAGUCUUUAUACUGCCAGUUACAAGAUGUUACCCUAAGACAUGAUGGCGGUGAACAUAACUCUUAUGUUAUUAAAUUUAUUUUGUGCAAA